AUCCACUGUUAUGUAAACACAGCUUUAAUAAAGUUUUAAAUGAACGCGGAAGGUUUAAUCACAAAUUUAUUUUCCGAUUUAAUACAUAAUUUGUGCGUAAGGAUAUAUUUUAUUAUCAAGAGGAACGAAGAAACCUGAUAAAGGUAUAAAGAUCUGUGGAAAAGUUUAUGGAUCUUUAUCUAAACAAAAACAAAUGCCGAGAGGGAGAACCCUUUAAUCUAAUGCCGGAUUGAACAGUGUACUAUACAUUCCGUUUAUUUACAAUUUGUAUACAAUAAUGGAAGCGAAUGACGAUUCGCCGACUCCUCAGGAUAACAGCACGAUAACCGUGGCAGACUCGGUAUGGAAAUUUAUCAAUAGUCCGAUAAUAGCAAUAUUUUCUGAUUUGGAAAAUCCUCUGACAGAACAGAUGCUCUGUUCUCUUCUCGAAUCUUUAUUGAAAAGAUCUUCUACAUUGACUACUGUAUUAGUUCCACCAUUUAAUACCGGUACAGCGGAUGUUACUCUACAACAACAAUAUGCAGCAUUCACAACCUGGUUGUUUAACACAAUGUUCUAUUUGGUCUGCAAACCAUCGAGCAAUGUGGUGCUUUCAAGUAGUAUUGAAGUGCAAGCUUGUAUGCUCAGAAUAUUAUCAAAACAUCACAUAACAAUGUUUCAAACCAUUACUUCAGAAUACUUAAGUAUUCUUGAUGAGAUAUCAGAGUUUUGUGAAAGCACUACAGAAGAAAUAACUCUCUCAAAGUUUCAUACAGACAAGGAUAUUAUAGAGAAUUUAGACUUGACACCGUUUCCUGCAAAGAUUAAAUCGUCAGAUGUGCUAUCAAUUCAAGCAUCUUUAUUAAAGAUCAUUGCAAAAGCUGGUGUUUCAGUUUGGGAUAAAGUAAAGUUAUGCAAUAGAAUUAAGACAAUUAUUGUCAAUUCUUCUCCAAAUUUGAAGAUUGAAGCAUUACAACUGUUUACGGAAAUAAUAGAGAACCAUGUUGUUCAUGCUAACGAAUGUACAACUAUAAUUAUGUAUACUCUAGAAAUAGUGAAAAGUCUUCCAGCUUGGAUUAAUUCAGAUCAACUAUCAAUUCAUAUGUUGUCUCAAUUUACAGAAACAUUGAUACGUUUAAUACAGUUAUCACAUGUUUCUCUUAAUAUGACAGAUUUGUGUUUUCAAACUAUUGAUUUUAUAGCCUCCGAAUUUGUUACGUACAAUCUAGAAAUUGAGGCGAUAAAAAAAUUAGAAGAAACAGCAUGUUACAAGAUUAAACAAUAUUUAAUUGCAGAACCACGACCCUGUACCAAUUCAGAAACUAAAAAUCUCUUGGCUUACUUCGUACAUUGUCCAACCGUUGUUGAGAUUUUUAUGCAAUUUGUUUUUAUUGAUAUUGGACGGGCCGUUAUACCGGACAAAAUUAUUCUUGCAACAGAGAUCAGCGAACCAUGGAAAUUAUUAAGGAAAAAAUUAAUGAAUCUUGUGGAAGAUGAAAAAUUCACAGAAGUGUUACAUGUCGUUAAAGCUUCAUCUUUACUACAAUUAUGGAUAGAAAAACAAAAUAUUCAAAUAAAACUGUAUGAGAACGACUUAAACGCGAUCUUGAAGAUUCUCAUACAACACUUGAAUUCAGACAGAUGUCAAGAUGAGCAAAUUAUCUUUCAAAUUUUAAUGAAUUUAAUGGCUCACAAUGAAUCGAAUAAAGUUUUAUUGCAAUCAAUAUUAGCAUUGCCAUUUACUCAAGAUUUCAAAGGAUCUAUGGAUAUCGGCCAAAAAAUGGUGCAACGAGCAAAAUCUCUUGAUGUUAAAGCAAUGUCGAAGUGUCUUGAAACCCUAUGCAUAUAUGGCAAUGGAAAAGAAAGACUGAAAUUAUUACGCACAUGUGUAAAUAGUGACAUGCAAAUAGCUGUUACAGCAGUGUCGCACAGUGUAUUAUUAUUGAACGAUACAAACAUAAAACUAGAAGAUGUUUGCCAAUAUGUCUUAAAUACUGCCUUAUCUUCGACGAAAGUGGAAAUACAUGAAGCUCUUGCAAAUGUCUUGGGCCAAGUAGCUUGUGUCUCAUCAGGAAAGGGAAAAAUUAUUUUAUUAAGUGAAUUGUCAGAUAACAGAAAAUGGAGAGUACAUUGUGAAUGUUGUACAGAAAAUAUAAAGCAAAAUGCCGAAUCCAACAUUCAUUGUCUGCCAAGGACCUACAAUCAUAUUUUUAAUACGUACUUCAAACUACUUUCCUCUACUAACGUUUCCAUACGUUUGCAAAUUUCUAAAAGUAUUCUUUCGCUUUCAAAUCAUAUUAAUUCAUUUAAUUCGAAUGAGAUAACGAAGAAAUGGCUUCUUUAUAUACAUGAUGAAAAUGUUGAGAUUCGGUGGAAUAUUGCGUCAGUAAUCGGACAAUUAUUAAGUAAUAAAAUGUUGGAAAGUAAUAAUGAACUUUUGCCGGAUACUGUACCAGACGAUUUGGACGAAUAUGUUGAUUUAAUUAUUAAUGUUAUAGCCAACACGCUUAUGACUGCGUUGAAUACGUCUAAUCAUUCCUUACAUGAUACAUUAUUAGAAACUGCCAAAAAUUUCGUAUGUGUUCCGUUACAUUUAACCGAAAGAAGGAUUUUGGAUGUAUUUUUAAUUACAAUAACACAUCCGAAUUCAUCACACGCAGCUGUAGCAUCCGCUACAGCUAUGUAUCGGGAUGUUGCUAAUUUCUUAAAUCUUUCCCCAAAGACUCUAUACAUUCGAUACCGAAAGGAUUUCUUAAAACUUCUCAUGAAACGUGCUGUUAGCAAUUAUAUCUAUUUCUCAUACAAUAUGGCAACUACGGUACAUCGCGUUGCUAAAUGCAUAGGAUACGAAGGAUCACGUCAAUUGUUGUAUAAGGACGGUCAUUAUGCGGUCUCCUUUCUGAUCGCCAUUAUUGUUGAAGUGCCACAAGCAAAUGCACUUCUAUACGAUAUAGCCGAAUUGAUACGAAUGGACAUAAAGCAAAUGCUUCAAGAAUAUUUUUCAUAUAUUUACAGUUAUGCGUUCUUAGAAACACCUUUCCGAAUAGCUACGGAAUGUUUGAAGCUUGUGACAAAAAUAACGGAAACUAGUCUUGUACUUCUUACAAAGCAGUCUUUUAUGGGAAUUUUUGAAGAACUUAUGUUAAAUUUUUAUGAGUCGCCUGAAAAAAUAAUAGGCUUGUUAGAAAUCAUCUCGGAAUAUGAUAUUAAUCAGAAAGGAAAAUUUGGUACGCAAGAGCAAGUUGCGGCUUAUUUAAAUCUACGAUUACAUGGAAUAUUGGUGAAUUUUGAUAUAAAACUCGGCCCUAAAUCAGAUGAACACACGCAACAAUCUGCACUUGCUUCACUAGCUGUUUUAAUUCGCUACAUGGGUGCCACGUACUUAACUCCGCUUAGAUACAAAAUCUUAGCUACAUUGCGAACCUCACUUGGAUUUAAAAGGCCAGGCUUCUCGCGCUUAGUCUGUGACGCAUGGGAUGCGUUUAUCCACAAUAUAGCCAUUGAAGACUUGGGAUCGCUAUUUCCAACAAUAUGCGUAUCGUUAAUACCACUGCAAAAAAUAUUUCCGGAAAAAGUCAACAAUAUGUUAGAGUUUCUGAUUAUUCAGAAUAGUGGAGGACACAACAAUCAUAUUUCGGAAUUAUUUUUUAUAGAUGACAUGAAAGUCCCCACUCAUAUAUCCGAUGUAGUCAAGGCACAUAUUUUACAAGCAAGACCUGAGGGAUUUGACGCUAAUUUAAAAUUGUGGUUGAAACGGAUUACGCACGAAACCGAUGAAGUACGAAAUAGAGCUCUGAAACACUUGCAAAUAUUUUUGGAGGAGCAUCGUAGUGAGCUCAACAAAAUGAUCCUAAGCGAAACCGAUGUCCAUCCAUUAAUCGUUGAACUAUUGGAUACUCUGCUAAUCGGAUGUCAAGAUAAGGACGAAUCUAUCCGUUUAUGUUAUGGAGAAUGUCUCGGAGAAUUAGGAGCUAUCGAACCGAGUCUUCUUCCGCGAAGAAUUAUUUCUAGAGAGGAUAGUAAAUUUAUAGCGGAUAUGAAUGAAGAAUUUGCAUGUGCGCUACUUUCCGAACAUGUACGCGCUUUCCAAAUGCAAAAAAAUAGCCAAAGUAUGGAUUGUUUUUCACUUGCCAUACAGGUAUGUAAUCCCGUAUACCGUACGCGUUACACAUGUGCAUUUAUGGUAAAAAAAAUCAUAAUUCUACUUAUCAAUGUGAUUAUUUUCCAGGAAAUAUUAAAAGCAUAUGAUAUUUCUCCGCAAGGUCGAAAUAGUGAAUUGUGGAAUAAUUUACCGCCCACAACGCAACAGAUUAUUAUCCCCUUCCUGACAUCACAUUACAAAAUAGUGACUGUUAGCGAUGACGAUGAAUUUCCGCAUCCCAUUUACGGUUCCGAAGUUGGUUCUUCAGUCGAAAACUGGGCUUAUAACUGGCUUUGCAGUAUGUCUAAUGCUGUACGUGAUACAACGCUCCACAAUGUAUUACAGGCAUGCAAACUGGCAUUUAAACGGGAUAUAAAAACGUUAACAUUUUGUCUACCGUACAUUGUGUCAUACAUAAUCGCCAAUAAUGGAAAGGAGGAACAUGCUAAGAUUAGGGAAGAGAUGUUAGCCGUGAUCAAUGUUAGACAGAAGUCUGUACUGGAUCCAGAACUUCUGCGUCACCGACCACUUCGAUACGGACAGAGCGUAAAGGCUGACGACAAGAGAAUCUCGGAAGAAACUAGGCGUACACGCUGCUCGCGAGUAAUCUUUUCUAUAUUGGAUCAUUUACAAAGAUGGCUUAGAGAACGAAGAUUAUUUCAAGAUGACAGAUACGAAGCGAUAAAAGAAUUCUGUGGUAGAUUAGACAGUCUGGUAAUAGCAGAGGGUUGUUAUCAAUCACGAGAAUACCACCGUGCACUGAUGUAUCUGGAACAACAUAUGGCGUCUAGUAAUAAAGGUUUAUCAGAAUUAACGGAGGGUGGUUUACUCGCUAAAAUUUAUGCGCAACUCGAUGAACCCGACGGAGUAUCUGGUCUUUUAGUGACUCAAGAUCAGUCUCCUACCUUACAACAAUUGGUUUUAGCUCAUGAAGUUAAUGGACAGCUUCAGGACGCAGCUACGUGUUACGAGAGACUCAUGCAGACAAAAGACUCAAAGCAUACGUACGUUCAAGGUAUGAUUCAAUGUUACCUCGGUCUGGAUCAACCAUUCACUGCCAAACACAUUACGGAGGGUUUGUUGAACAGCAGGCCAGAAUUAGAGCCUCUCAUAACCGAACGUGAACUUUUUUGGAAACUCGCUCACUUUUCCCGAUUUGACGAGGCCUCGCAAAAAAAUAUAAAACACGCAUUACUAGAUGAUCUCAUAAAUGGAACAAAACCGGAUUUGCUCUCGUUAAAGAAGAACUUGGUAUCGUUAUUAGAAGAUGCUUCUCGACCAGGAGCUUAUCAACAAAGUUACUCGUAUAUUAUGAAAUUACACAUACUGAACGAAUUUGAUAAAGCAACUUCAAUGAUGUUAAACAAUGCAGAGGGCCUUCCAGCAAUGCUGGAAGAAUGGGAGAAACGUGGGCAAUUGUUGAGAGCAUCUCGCGGCGUAGAAUUUGUUUUGAGUAUGCGCAGAGCUACUUUAGAUUUAGCUGUACAGCUACAACGAAAGACUCAAAACAUAGAAAAUUUAAUGCUUAAGCAAGAGAUCGGCAAAAUCUGGUUAAAAAGUGCCAAAAUUGCUAGAAAGACUGGCCUGCAUCAACAAGCGUACAUGCACAUUUUAUCAGCCAGUGAUUGGUGUCCACCACAACCAUUGUACAUAGAGCAAGCUCGAUUAUAUUGGCAGAAAGGUUGUCAAGAAGAUGCUUUUACCACUUUAAAUCGUUGUUUCUCAAAUUGUUUUCAACCAGCGCAAUAUUACAAACAAUUGCCUUCAGAAGACUGUAACGAAGAAAGAAGACACUUUGCAAAGGCAAAGCUUCUUUUUGCAAAAUACAACGAUGAGACUCUUAACAUCGAUACUGACGGUUGUAUCCUUAACUAUAAAGAAGCAAUCGAAGUAUGGAAAUGCUGGGAAAAAACUUGGGUAUCGUGUGCUCAGUAUUAUGAUACUAUUGUUGAGAGAUUGUCGGAAGACGAUAAAGAUAGAAAUAGGCGAGACCUGCAAAUACACAUGAUGAAUUUUUACGGCAAAUCACUUCAACAUGGCUGCAAAUACAUUCAUCAUUCAAUGCCUAAGAUGUUGACCAUUUGGUUAGAUCAUGCGUCUCGUGCUACGAUUACUUCCGAUCCACCAGACAUUAUUAGACUUCGUCAAGAUCGUCUAUUAAGAAUGACUCAGAUUAUGGAGGUCUACCUUCAGAGAUUACCGACAUUCAUGUGGUUAACAGCAUUCAGUCAACUUGUAUCGAGGAUUUGUCAUCCGUCUCCGCAAGUGCAAAAUACCCUUCGUACGAUUUUAGUAAAAUUAAUUUCAGCAUAUCCGCACCAUUGCUUGUGGAUGAUGGCAUCAGUUUUUAAUUCUUCAUAUCCGGCGCGACAAAAACGAUGUCAAGAAAUCUUAAAUCAUGCGCAGUUGAAAACAAUGGACAUGUCCAAGCUUAUUAAAGAUUUCCAUAGACUUUGGGAAAGACUAAUUGAAUUAUCUAAUAAAUCGAUACCAGAAGGAGUACUAAAUACCACUGUGACUCAUUUGUCAAAAAAUUUACCAAGGUUACUUGCAAGUAAGGAAUUCAGCUUAAUCAUGAUGCCAACAACGAAAUUCAGACAACUACAUCUUCCAGCCAAGAACGCUUCGAUUGUGAAUCAUAAUCCAUUCUUGUUGAGAUGGAUACAUAUAACAAAAAUAGAAGAAAACGUGGUAAUAAUGCCGUCACUUCAACGGCCGCGACGAAUCGCGCUGAGAGGAUCAGAUGGUAAAGAAUAUCUUUUCAUGUGUAAACCAAAAGAUGAUUUACGUAGAGACUUCAGAUUGAUGGAAUUUAAUGAUAUCGUGAAUAAGUAUCUCCAAAAUGAUCCAGAGUCACGACAAAGGAGGCUUUAUAUACGCACAUAUAGCGUGGUGCCAUUAAACGAGGAAUGCGGUUUAAUAGAAUGGGUACCAAAUCUGGUUGGUUUUCGACCUACUAUUAUGAAUCUAUAUAGAGAAAGAGGUAUUGCACCUACAAAUAAGGAACUUAAAACGAUGAUAUGUGCAUUACGAGAUUCGUUAGAAAAGAAAAGGCAAAUGUUUCUGGAAAAGCUAUUACCACGACAUCCUCCUAUAUUCGGGGAUUGGUUUCGCAUUAUGUUCCCUGAUUCAUAUGGAUGGUACGAAGCUCGCACGGCAUAUAUUAGGACAACUGCUGUCAUGUCCAUGGUAGGAUAUAUACUUGGGCUUGGUGAUCGCCAUGGAGAAAAUAUAUUGUUUGAUUCUACAUGCGGAGAUUGCGUUCAUGUUGAUUUCAACUGCUUGUUCAACAGGGGUGAAUUUUUUGACUGGCCUGAACGAGUACCAUUUCGUUUGACACAUAAUAUGGUAGAUGCUAUGGGUCCUUUAAAGAUUGAAGGACCAUUUAGACGCGCCUGUCAAAUUACCAUGCGAGUACUUCGGCAAGAAUCGAGUACAUUGUUGAGCGUACUCACACCUUUCGUCUACGAUCCACUCGUCAGUUGGAAUAAGAAUCAGCCUGGUGAAGCAGCUGAAAAAACGAACGAAAAAGCCGUAGAACAUAUAAAGAAUAUUGAGCAACGAUUAAAAGGCUUAAUACGAUAUGCUGGAAGAAAGGCAGAAAAUAUCGCUUUACAUCUUAGUGUCGAAGGACAAACUAAUCAUUUAAUUUUGGAAGCGACAAAUUUAGAUAAUCUGUGCCAAAUGUAUUUUGGUUGGGGUGCAUAUUUGUAACGAGCAUUUUCGAAAUAGGAUUGCAGGACAGAAUCCCGCAUGUAUAAAUAUUAAUGGAUAGUAAUCUACGAACCAUACUAUUGCCGAAGCUUCUACACAUAAUUUUCAAGUGUGUUGUGUUGUUUUUUUUUUUUACUUUUUACA